GCGAACGCCGUGUCUCGAACCAUAACAAAAAGGAACAAACUUGGUCCUCUUUUACUCGCGGAAAAAAACUUUAAUUUCCUGGCGUUUUCCCUCUGUGUCUACGUAUCUAAUGAUUGUUGUCGUCUAAAACAAAAAUGGAUACAAAGGAAGAUGGGGAGGCAGACACACAAAGAAUCGACAACCCAGCUUCUCAUACAAACCUGACACCAACCAUGCUGAAUUCCCUUGUCAUCUCUCCUUCAAAGUCUGUCACAAGGCCCACUCAGGCCCUUAGUCCUAUCAGAAAACCACCCUUAGGGCUGAGCCAUGGCAGCUACCUAGAGAACAGUGAUAGGGGAAGGGCAUAUAGUCAUCCAGGCUCAUUUGACUCCAAGAUCAACGGAAACCUGAAUGAAAACCAAGAUGGACACAUACGGUCUGUUGCUGUUGUUAAAAGCUCAGAAGUUGAAUUUCCUGUUCAGUUCCACGAACUGCAGUCUAACACGGAUCUUAAGAUGCCUCCUUCAAACUGGUUACAGGACCAUUCUUCAAUUAGAUUGCCAAAUCCUACCCACAAGCAUGCUGAUUUUUCAAGCUUCUUGAUGGCUCACCAAUUCCUAGACUGCAUAGGGGAAGUAGAUGUCAUAUCAGAUGCUGAGAAUAUAAAGAAAUUACUGAAGAUUCCCUACAACCCCAAGGCUCAUGUGAGCAUGAUGAUUCACCGUGUGGGCAAGACACUCCUCAUCGAUGAGUUUGACAUUUAUAAGUACUUGCUUAGGCAGUCAGAAAAGGAGUGGCAGUGGCUGAGAAAAUUCUUUUUUGAGCAUGUGCUUCAAUCCCUUGCACACAAGGAAAAUGUACUGGUGAGGCCCAACAAGAGUCGCAAUGUUGUGCAGAGUCGGAGCCUCCUAUCAAAGUUUUUGUACCACAGCAUCAAUGAAGAGGAGAACCGUCCUGCAAGUCCCCCUAGCCAGUCAGAGACAGAGAGUCCAGUGUCUGUACGACGUCCCUCAGUUCUGCGGAAUGAGGUUAUGCCUGAGCCCACCAUAGAGGACCAGCUGCCACAAGCUUCAGGCCAGACUUUUACAAGGAAUGUGGUUUGGAACUUUGAAGACCUGCACAUGCUCAUAGGGACUGAUUUGCCCAUCUUUGGAGGAGGAACUCAUCCUUGUGUGUCAUUGAGGCUGAGGGAUAUGAACAAGCCAAUCAACAUAUUGACAGGCAUAGACUAUUGGCUAGACAACCUCAUGUGCAAUGUACCAGAAGUCGUUAUGUGCUACCACCUGGAUGGGAUUGUUCAGAAGUAUGAGCUCAUCAAGACGGAAGACCUCCCACACAUGAGCGACUCGCAGUUCUCGCCAACACUGGUGCGAGAUGUUGCCCAGAACAUCUUGUCUUUCCUCAACAGCAAAGCAACUAAGGAGGGGCAUACAUAUUGGCUUUUCAAAGGAAAGGAUGAUGAUAUAGUCAAGCUGUACGACUUAACCUCACUGUGCAUAGAGGGGUGCAUCAGCGUGGAUGGGUUAGAGGAAGAGACGCAGAACGAGGAUGCAAGCAACCCCUUUACUGUACCUGUGGCCAUGCUCUUCUAUAGGGUUGCCAAGAACAUGCGCACCUCAGAGGAUGCCCACAAUAAGAUUGCAACAAUAAGGGCCUUGUUGCGGAACUCACUGAGCCUGUUAAACAAGAAUGAGUAUCCAAAAAUCGUCUCCUCGGCACAUUACAUGCUGUCAGACCUCUAUGUACCCCAAGACAUUGACCCAGACUCCCCAGUUUUGUCCGACUGUAGUGAUGAAGACAGUGAGUGGUCUUCCACUGUCAGUAGUGACAACGAGGAUCAGAGUGAUGAUGAAUGCAAUGCAGAAGACCACUCUGUCACGCUUUCGAAUCGUAGUUCUUCAAUUAAGGUUUCGUCACUCUGCUUCCCCCAUGCUAAUAAAACACAGUCACAGCAUUAUAAAGCCCCUCCCCUGUUGGGUACACUUGAGGAGCGAUGCCAUUGUGCUCUUAACCAUGUGAUAGAAGCCCUACAGUGCCUGCACAUCUCAAGUACAAGUGAGAGAGAGCAUCACAGCUCCUCAAGAGGACAAGAGCCCAUGUGUUCAAGGAGUCACCAGGAAGAAGAACCAAAGAUGGCAAGGCCUUUUGAGCCGAUUCCCAUGCCAUAUUCUCCCCUUAAUGCAGAGAAGCAGGAUGAAAAGACAGCCCUAGUGGUAGCCAAAGAUAAAACAAAUGAUCAUAGGCUGACAGUGUCCUUAUUUAGUCAGCAGUAUGCUGUGGCGAGUUGGUGGGAUAAGUUGCAUGUGCUAGUCCUGAGAAAAGCAUCAUUGGUGUACCUUGUUAUGGCAAGGAGUUGCUUCAAUAGCCAAAGGUAUGGCCUUGCCUUAAGGUAUGUGAAGUUCUCCCUUCAUGCUUGGGAUGGCAUGGCUCGUAAGCUUGGUGUCAAGGAAUGUGAUGUCCCCGUCCCAUGCCAGGCACUGACGUUAGCUGGUGACACAUACUACAUGCUCUCAAAGGCAUGGGAUGAAGUGGCCAGUCAUAUUGAGGACUAUAACAAUGUCAUAUCAGCACACCAGGACAUGCUUUCACUCCUUUCCAAUAUUUUGCCAGCCCAAGAGUGCAACUGGACCAUCAAACUAGCCUGUGAUGUUGAGGAGGCCCUAAGGCUGAGUUCAAUGUGCUUUGAGAAGGCCCUCUCAUCUGCCGAUCCUCAAACAGCUGUUCACCUUUCGCGUCGGCUGGGGAACAUCUGCAACGAGCUGGGAGUCAUGUACAUGAAUCAGGCAUCAAAACUCUGUGAGGAAAAUGACAUUGGGUUCCAAGCUGCGGAAGAACUCUGGCAGAGAAGUGCUGAAGUCCUGAACCGCGGAAUCACAAAUUUUACCCGUGUGGGUGAUGUAACCAAUAUAGCCCUCCUGCAUUCCAACACAGGCCGUCUGCUCCGACUCUGUGCAUUCUACUGUGUCCCCAAAGAAGGUGUGAGGGAGUUCUCCAAACAGGAAAGACACUAUUAUGAUCAGGCAAUAAAAGAAUACCAGAAAGCAUUAGAAGUCUUAAAGUCUCGAAAAAAGUGUCCAGACAUUUGGGAUCUUGUUGUGUGGGAAUUUAGCACAACUUUAUAUACCAUAGCAUCCUUGUUACAAGACCAUCCUCCGUUGGAAUCAAAGCCUGGAGAAGAACACAGCCGUGAAGUUAUGGACCUUCUCACCAAAGCUCUCAAGCACUGUGAUGUGAAAACACCAGGAGCCCGACAGCCUCUGUACCAGUACCGUGCUGCAGUUAUUUAUAUGCGGCUUGCUGGCAUCUAUCACAAUGCAGUAAGACAUAGCCAGGGAGAUAAGAAAACCAUGAGGCAUCUGGCAGAACUCAACUACAGCAAGGCAGCUUCUCUCUUCAUGCAGCUGGAGAACCCAAUUGAUAUUCUCAAAGUACAACUGGAUCAGGCAGUGCUCAUAGAAGAUCAGAUGUCAGGGACAGCAAACACCCCAAUCACCAUGAAACUCCACUUUUCAAUCCUGCAACUACUGAUGGACUCCAUAUCUGCACUGAAAAUCAUCACCCAAACUGUGGCCAAGCCAAAGACCAACCCUCAGGGAGCAGAAGGCAACUCAGUGGAGCCUGGUGCAACCUGCAGUGCCAACCCUAGAGAAAAGUUUCAUACUGGAAGUCCCAGCCGAAGUAAGGCAGGAGACAAUAACAAUGGAGAGGAAAGAGAGAUUCAUCCCCAGACUGAGGCUGUGAUAUACGAUGAUGAGGAAAGCCAGGAGAAGAUACUGGCACUUCUAAAAGUCUUUGAGAAGAAGCUGCAGAACUCACUCAUGUCGCUCAUUAAGUUGUAUGCUCAGUCAAAGUGCUCAAAAAAGAGCAGCAACUACAGUGGAAAUGAGGUGACCUUGCUAAAGCAGAUGUACAGCCUCAGCCUGAACACUCAGUCCCUUCCUUUGGGAUCCCACCUCCUGACAGCUGUGACUGCAAUCACUCCUCUGUUCAACCAGAUCCGCCCCCGAAGAUGAUGCCAAACAUUUGCACGAGUUCCGUCCACUUAUUCAGACUUUUGUUUUUUUUUUUUUUUUUUUUUUUUUUUUUUUUUUUUUUUGAGAGGAUGUUUCACAGUUUCCCAGGAGCUGUGUUACCAGAAAUCAUUUCAGUUAUAGAUUUUUGUCUUUCUAAAUGAUAUCCCACAUUCUAACCAUUACAUAAGGACAUUACUUUCAUUAAUAGUAUGGAACAUCUUUCAGUUCACAGUUUUCUCACAUUUGCACUAAUUAAUCAUGGUAAUUACUUUCAUUAUCAGAAUCAAGUGAGUCUCUCUUGUGUAUACUCAGACAUGAUCUCAUUGAACUCAAACAUUCUUUCAUUCCUGAGUUCCUUUCAUUGACUAUUUAUGUGUUAAUUUUUAUAUGUAUUCUCAUUAAAGGGGGGGGGGGGGGAAUAUGUAAGGCUUUCCCCCGAAGAUUGCAUAUUCUUUCUAUAGGUUUUGUAAAAAUUUCAAGAUCACCAGAUAUUUAGUUUAGAUUUUCAUGGUUUGACGUUGGAUUGUAUUCAUCAUUUCAGUAGUGUUCUUUUAUGCUUACUUUCUCUCUUUUUUUUUUCUCUCUAUGAACUUGUCAGCAUUGUUCAAAAAGUCGUGCCAAGUGGGAAGUUUGAAAGAUUUGACUGAUUGGAACCAGAUUUUUGCUAUUUACUUGUUUUUUUCUCUCUCUCAUUCAUGAAAUAUGGAUAGUAAUGUAAUUGUUGUUAUUAUUGUUAUAAUUAAUUAUGAUUUUAU